CUCGUCUAUACCAGGAAACAGCCCAAAGAAUGAGAGACUGCUGAAGACAAAACUUCUCUGCAAAUGCCUGCCCAGGCGUUGCGAGCAGACAUCUAUGAGAGAAAAGAAGACAUCUUCCAAGGAACACCAGAAAGUUCUUCUGACAUCUUUAAAGAGAAUCUGUGAAGUUUGAACAAGCGGCCUUCCCAAGAUGUACCGAAUAUCUCAACUGAUGUCAACACCAGCAGCAAGUAAAUGUUCUUCCCGGUUGGAGAGAGAAUGUGCUGGAGAGCUAUCUGCCACAUGCAUUUUCCCAAGAACCUGUGAUUCUCUGGAAACAGGCUCCAAAUUUAUUUUUUCCUGUUAUUUCCCGGAUGGUGACAGUUCCUUUGAACGCUGCUCCAUGGAGUCUUUGACAGGCUUUCGCUGUAUCUGUCGCCGAAGUCCCAGACUUCUUACCAAUGGCUACUACAUUUGGACAGAAGACAGUUUCCUCUGGGAUGACGAUGGCAAUGUGACCCUGAAUCCAUCCCAGACCCGUGUUAUCUACAAGGAGAACUUAGUUAGGAUAUUUAGGAAAAAAAAGAAAAUCCGCCAUUCUCUUCCUUCUCUCUUCAACCUCCAUGCCUCUAAAUACUGGCUGCAUGGAAGUUUCCUUGGUGAUGUUAAUUCUUCUCCAAGUGAGGAUGUCUGGUUGGAGGAGGUUAGAAGGCUGGAUACAGACCACUGCAAUGGGAAUGGAGGUGAUUUGGACUGUUCUUCCCCAACUCAUGACUGGGACGCAGAGAUGCCAAGUGCAGAGGAUACAGUAACCUCCUCUUCCGGUCACAUCGUACCUCAACUUCCCAGGGAAGGGUCCCAAGAUUCCCCUCUUCAGUCCCAGUUGAUGGCAUCCGAACAUUUCCAGGAGAACAUUUGCUAUUAUUCAAAAACCAGUUUGUCUCAAGAGGUCUCCUUUCAGGCAAUCCUGUUUGCUAUGUGCUUAAUCAGUUUUGCAUGUGCAAGAUGGUUUAUGGAAGGAAUAUUGGCCAGUGUCUUCACAUGCUCACUGCUGGUAAUGGUAGCUUCCUUGCCAGCUAUGUCAAAGCCACAACCUGUGUUGGAUUUGCCAAAAUUUGACAACCAUUUAGCAAUGCCUCUGAUGAAUGUCUUCCAACUGGAUAUCCAGAAAUUGUCCGGCUUUCAGUCACCUUAGAAUCAGCUGCUUUACUGGGAGGGAAUGAGCAAUUGGAUAAUUAAGAAAAAGAUUUAAUCUCACUGUAUUGUUUUUUUUAAAUCUAAGUUUUUCCUUUGCAAUUGUAAUAUGCUCAUGAAAAUAUUUCCUUUUUUUGCAAACACCAGCAGUUGGAAGGGAAAGGCCGGGGAAUGUGAUGGCUCACCUGGAGCAAAUGUUCCCUCCUUGUUCCCCAAGGCAGUUCCCAGACAUUAGUUUUCAUUAGAGAAUCCUACGGGGAGCUUGUGACAGGGCAGACUCCUGGGGCCUGCCCACAUGCACCUAGGGCUUGAUGAAGUGCUUUAAUUGAACAAUGAGUGUAAGUUUAUGUAAUUAAUGCCAACUUGAAUAUGAAUAAGGGUAGUUUGUACAUAAUGUUGUAAAAGUUCAUUAUUCCUCCCAAAGAAGGGGCUCACUAUUAGGUGCUGAUAGUGGGUGAUG